AUGUCCUCCCCCUCAACCCGCCGCCUCCUAAAAGAAAGCACCGACCUCCACAAAAACCCAAGCCCAUACUUCACAGCCGCCCCAAUAAGCGACUCAAACCUCCACGACUGGCACUUCACCCUCGCCGGUCCACCCUCUCCAUCCCCCUACGCCCAAGGCCUCUACCACGGCCGUAUCACCUUCCCAGCCACAUACCCACUCCGACCGCCCUCGUUCCGCUUCCUCACGCCCUCCGGUCGCUUCGAGGUCAAUCGCGAAAUCUGUCUCAGUAUCUCCGGUCACCACGAAGAGACAUGGCAGCCUGCCUGGGGGGUGCGCACUGCGCUUCUGGGGAUUCGGUCCGAGAUCUUUAGUUCGGAGAGUCAGGGGCAGGUUGGGGGGAUGGAGGGGAAUGAUGAGUUGAGGAGGGAGUAUGCGCGGCUUUCGCUUGAUUGGCGGUGUCGGGAGUGUGGGGUUGGGAAUCUUGAGGCUAUGAAGGAGUUGUGGGGGGUUUGUCGGGAACGUGGCAUUGAGGUUGAGGGUGAGGUUGAUGGUGUUAAUGGUGGUGUCGAGGGUCAGCGGGAGAUCGAGGGACCUCGGGAGACGGUCGAGGUCGAGGAUAAGGCUGAUGCUCCGGCUCCGGCUUCGAGUGGGGAUACUAUUCCUGUUGGAAAUGAGGGCCAAGCUCCGGUGGAUCAUGCUGUAAAGAGUCCUCUGGCUGCGGAAUCUGUUCCGGCUCCUUCUGCGCCUGUACUGGUGCCGGCGGCACAACCACAACCACAACCACAAUCACAGGCCCCGGCUGCAGCUGUUAUGCCUACGCAGACCAGCUCCCCUCAAUUAGCUUCGACGGAGUCUCCAUCUGAAGGUGUCUGGCUGGACCGGGCUAUCAUUGGUGUGAUCGUUGCGCUUGUCUUGUUGAUAUUGCGCCGAGUGGCGAACGUCGACGAUCUGUAA